AUGGACCACAACUAUGCGGAGAUCGACGUGGUGAACGAUGCGGACUUCUUCUACCUGACCAACCUGAAUCACUACUACCAGCAGCAGAGGCUGCAGACCUUGAUGCAGCACAGCCGCCACAUAUACUGCAAUAUACCGAUCCAGGACACCACGCAACCACCACCGCCGCCGCCACUGACCAAGUCCACAUCCACGAGUCCCUGGAAGGAGGUGAAGCCUGAACCAGAUACGGAGCCAGAGCCGAAGCCAGGCCACUCGAAGAAGCCGCUGGAGAAGCUGCUGGGGAAGCCCAAGAAGUGGAAACUAAAACGGACGCUGGACGACUUCGUCAAGUGUCUGAUCAUCGCUUCCUCGGAGCAUGUCUACGACUAUGAUGUGCUGUGGUAGGAUCAGGAGGAGGAUUGGGAGAGCGGCGAGUCCGGAGAUCAGUCCUGAAGGAAGCCCCAUAGUACGAUAUAUAAUUUUCCACACCCAUAUACCUUCUAGUCAACUCAAAAGCGCCAUAAAACCAAUUGCUUAUAUAUCGUAGCCAAGUCUUCAACGACAGCCAUGGAUUCGAACCGAUCUGCCCAAUCCAGGAUCGCAGGAUCACUAGCUUAAGUCCAGUCCCCCCAGCCCAGAUUGUAUAUAUAUGUAUGUUUAAUCGAUGGAGAUUCCAACCCAAACUGGCCAUAGUCAAGCGUUUGUUAAAGUUUCAAUCCAAAAACUCGAGAGCUAACGAAAUACUCAUCCCCCGAAAUAAACCCCGUAAAUCAUCAACUAACGAAAGCAACUAUCCAUUGCCUAUGCUAGAUGUCGUCUAACCCACUUAAUGGUGUUUAUCCCCCGCAGGAUAUUCCUAGGAUACGAUUAUGCCUACUCCUUGCAUUAUUUUUACAAUCGAUCGAUGAUUACUAACGUCUAAUUAGUUGAAUUACACACGGCAGUGUCGCAUCUUAGUGUUUUAUAAUUUAACUACAUUUAUACAAAAAUUAUAUAUAAAUAAAAUAUAUAAUAUAUAUAAAUAUAUAUAUAUUUAUACGUAACUGACGAGCAACUGAAACUGAACGAUCAAGCAACUCCCUUGCAUCUAAAUUAUAAAAUACGAAAAUUAUACAUAAAGCAUAUUCUUAUAUUUAAUACGAAUACGAUAGUUAUUGUCAUUAUGAAUUAUAAAUUAAACUGU